AUGUGGCCUUACCCUGUAUCCUAUCAACAGGAAUAUCCUUAUAUCAACAACCCAUCAUCAUCAUCGAGCACGAUCAACGAUAUCAACAUCAACAUCAACCUCAAUGAAAUGGGAUAUCCAACCCAGGCUCAACAACAACCCUCAUCCUCAUCCUCAUCAUCGUUAUGGACUCCACAUAUGACCACUGACACUCAUCCUCAAGGUCAGACACACGACGAGUCAAUAUCUAGGAUAUUAUCGCACCCACCAUGGCAUCAGCCCCAAAACGCAAUCUUACCUACACCUUUCGACCUCCCUCCUCCAGCUGAAAGUGGUCUUCCACCAUUCAUGCUCGGCGGGAAAGGAAAGACGAAGGAGAGCGCAGAGGUGCAGGUCAAAGUGGAAGAACAGUACCUAGAGGGUGUGAAUGAUAACGACAACGAUUGGAAAUCAGAAGAAUUGGAGAAAGAAGUGAUGAGGAGAUUAUGGUUGGGUCUGGGAGCAGGGUUGAACGGCAACGAUCAGGUCAAUGAUGUCGAUGUGGAGAAAGAGAAGGAAGCGCUCAAAGUAUAUAUAUCCGAGAUACUAUCCCUGCUUCAACCUUUCAUUCCUUCACCUCAGCGUACUCAACCUUCUCCCCCACCUCCAUACCUGCUCACCCGAUUCGCCAAGCUAUCUUCCCUUAUACACACCAUCCUCGCCUCACUCCCGCCGUAUGUUCAUCCAAACUUGAAAGCAGAGUUCGAUAAGCCUUUCGUACCUUCUCGAGCACCCAGGAAGGAGAAGGUGGAAGAUAUGACGCCGGCGGAGAAGGAGAUGGAAGUCAUUAGGAAGAGGAGGGACGCGUUGAUUGCUAAAGCCCAAGCUCAGGCUCAAGCUCAAGCUGGGGCUCAAGGUCAGUCGAAAGCUGGUCAGGCGGGCCAAGUGGAUAAAGAGAAGGAAAAGGAGAAAGAGAAGGAAAGGGUGAAGAAGAAUCUACCAUCCUCUGGUACAAGGGUUUAUGAGCUGUCACCAUCGCAAUCGCAAUCACAAUCACAAUCACCUUAUUCACAUCAUUUACCUCAUCCUCACCACCAACAUCACCAGCACCAAACGCAGCAUCAACACCACCACCAUCACCAUCAUGAUAAUAAUCAACAUCAUCAUCAGCAGCAUAAUUACGACUAUGGCCAUAGCAAUCGACAUGGGUAUGAAUAUGAAUAUCCUCAACAUCCACCUACUCAACUUCAACCUCCUCAUCAGCAAUAUUCACCUUAUCAUCAACAAUCCAAUCCAAUGGAUUCGUUGGGUAUGUUAACGGAAGUAUCAACCUUGUUGUCUCACACCAAUAACAACAACAACAAUGAUGGUAAUGGCUUCCAAUCGCAAUUCUCAGAUCACACUACCCAUAAUCCUUAUCAAUCACAAACACAAUAUAACGGUAAUGCGAAUGGAAACGGUAAUAACAAUUAUACAUCGAUGGAUAUAUUCAAUAGUAACAACAACAACUCCAAUGGUCAACCCGACACAACGUCCUUGAUGAUAACUCGAUGUCACGGGUGUGGAUGUAAUGUGACUACUGAAUGGAUGAGGGGUCCUGAUGGACCUAAUAGUUUGUGUGAUUUAUGUGGGCAACAUUACGCUAAAUUGCUAGCUAAGAAGGAUAUAGAUAGUAAAAACGGGAAUCAGAAUCAAUUGUUGAGUGGAAUAUGA